AUGAAGCAGAACUAUGAUCAGAAGAGGUCUGUGGCCAAGGAUUACCAGCCUGGUGACAAAGUUAUGCUGGAAGCCACUAACCUGACUACAGAUUGCCUAAUGAAGAAGUUGGACAACAAGUGCUUCAGACCCUUUGUUAUUGAAAAGAAGGUCAGUGCCUCUGCCUACAAACUCCAACUUCUGACAACAUGGAAGCACAUACACCCAGUGUUUAACAAGGUUCUACUGUCUCAAUACUACAAUCUAGGUUUUCCUUCACAACAAAGACUCCUACUACCUCUACCAGAACUCAUCAGUUCUGAACUAGAAUACAAAGUAGAGUACAUAGUGGAUACUAAGCUGGUGUACAGAAAACUCAAGUUCCUUAUCCACUGGAAGGGAUACCCAGUUGAAGAAUGCACUUGA